AACUCUUUUUUUUUUUAAUUGAAAGUUUUCAGAAACAUUUGUUGACUAAAAAUACGUGAAAUCAAAUUAAAUUAAAUAACGUAUAUGUUUACAGCAACAUUUUGUUUUAUUUUAUAUGACGUUAAUAUAUUUUUGUACAACUCGCCCCCGUGCAUUUGUUGAGAUUGAUACAGUCCAGUCUUGGCGCGAGCUGUCAGCCACACUUUGAAUUGAAAGAACAGAGAUUGUUAUUGUUGGUCCCUUUAAGUAUUCAACAUGAAGAGCAGCAGUGAACAGUUGUAUGAAGAAGAGAUCAGAUCUCUUAAGGAUGAAAUCAAGAUGUUAGAAGAACAGCAUGCAGACAUGGAGCACUCGGGCACCUUGUACUCAGAGGAGCACUAUCACAGUACUUUGGCAUCAUUGAGAGGAAAAUCAAAAAAAGAUUCAACCAAGCAGCAGGCCUUUGCAGCUCUGAAAACAAAGCUGGAUAGUUUGGAAGCAGAACUCAAACAACAGUCACAAAUGAGUGGUUAUGUGUUGACCAACUACUCAAAAAAAACACUGGAAAAAAGUCAUAUCAAAGUUUUACAGCAGCACAGGCUAUCCGGACGUUGCCACUUCUUGGCUUUCCAGAUCGAAUUUCAGCUGAUGGAAGUUCAGAUGGAGGCCACUGUCAGUACAACUGUUACUGAUCUCAACAUAGUCGUGGAGUCCAGUGAAUUUACUGACAUGAGCGCGUUUGUGUCGAGAGCUGAAGAUACAAAGAGCCUUUUGCUUUUCUUUCGGACUCUGAAAUCAUUUGCGGAUUGGUGUGUGCAUCGAAAAAGGACACUUUUGCAUUUCAAGGCUGUCUUAAGAAAACUGCCUGGGGAACACAGAAAUCAUGAGCCUGUCAAGCAGCCCCUUCAUUGCACCCCAGAAAAAUGGAAAGGACCCAAAAUAUUAACACUAGAGCAGUGGAAACAAGAGGACUGAAACGCUUGGUUAACUUGGAAAAAAAUAUAUACAUCAUCAAAUCUGUUUCUUGUAUUUGAGUGUUUUCAAGUUUCUAAACAUCUUCAAAUCUAAUGUUAUCAGUGUGCCAGACAGCAAAUCCAUUUACUUAGAGAAAAAAUAAAGUCAGAAUGAAAGACACUAAGUAUGUCUAUAGAUUUCUCUCAAGGAACAUCUUGUCAGUUGUUUACACAAAAAUGAUGCCAAGUUUUCCUUUGGAGAGGUUUCUGGCAGUAGUUCGGACCCAACUGUGUGUUUUCAUGUUUCUUGCACCUGCUCAUAGAAGAGACCAAUUCUGCAUAAACAAAUUCAUCUUGGCCACAUCACGUUAUAAACCUCAUGACAUUUGGUGAAACAAAUGUGGUAUUAAAUUUGUGUUUAUAAAAAACACAAGCAAAAUAUUACAAAGUAGAGCCUCUGAAAACUAUGCUUUAAAAAAACCGUAUAGUACUUGUUUGUAGUUGAUAAAUCAUCUCUCAAAAAGAACUUUGCAACAGAAACAAGGUAUGUUCUAUAGAUUUGUUAGGUAACGGUUUCCUUUGCAUGUGAAUCAAGGAGUAAAAGCCACUUUGUUGAGCAAAUGUGUAACAGGGUUAUUUACGGGAGAAGAUGGUUGCAAUUGUCACUUGAGAUAAAAUGAUAGAAAUGGAAGCUGUGGCAGGGCAGUAGAAGAGAGCCCUGCACAUAUGAGAGGGGGCAGGGAGAAGCCCUGCGUGUAAAUAAAUGUAUUGUUUGUUUAUUUUAGAAAGGGGUACUGCCCGCCCCUGUGCAUAUUUUGUAUUUGUAUUGUUUUAUAUCAUGAUUUAUUUAUUAUAUAAAGGACGGCGAAUAGCCGAGUGUUUUAUUAUUGUACGAUUUGAAUGGAUGUUGUGUUAUUUAAAAAUACAAUGUUUUCGUUGUUAUUGUUUGGUUUGUAUGUGGUCUGGCAGAUGCGAUGGUAGCAGCUCGUAUCUGCCAGACAUCUGGUGACAGUGUGGCUGGUGCCGUUUAUUGAAUUAUUGUUUAAGUGUUUGUAAUUAUUUUGUUAAAUUCACCAGUAUAAAAGCCUGCAGCUCUCUGCGUUGUCGGAGUGGAGUGUUUUGGAGCGAGAAAGAGUGAGUGGAGAGAAUCUGAAAGUAAAACUAAAUAUAUGAACAGUGAAGGUGAUUGCCCAGCCUGACUUAUAUUGUUUAGUGUUCGUCAGUUUGUUUUGUUUUUUGAAUAUUUGUUUUCGCUCUGUGAGCAGUGUUUUUUGUUAAAAUAUUUUAUUUAUUUUUGUUUAAUAAAAAAC